CGGCCACUAUCCGACCAAUCAAUGGUCGACGACGGUCAAGGUUCCCUUCAGGCUGUCGGCGGGUCACGCACGGAAGUCGUAGAAGAAGCAGAUGCGGCGAGAUCUGGACAGUCGGCACAUGGGGGUAACGAGGAGGAGACAAUUGAAGGACGGGCAAGUGGAAGGAGACCAGCAGGAGCCGGGGGAGGGGAGGGGGACGGGGGAGAGAGCGGAGGCGGAGAUGAAGAGGAGGGGGCAAGAGCGGGGGUGCAGGUGGCGGGGAAGGUGGUACCGGACUUUCGACUGAACGGUUUCGUUUACGUGUGCCCGCUGGUGUCGGGGGGGUGCACAUUCACCGCGAAGGCCUGGCUGCAGGACGAGGACGACUGACAUGAGGUGUCUUUCGGGGUCCUGGCUACUGUAGAAGUGUACGUUUUGUUUUGGUUGAGGCCUCUCUGAUGUGUACCAGAUUGGCUGGUUCAUGACCGUUGCCCCGGCACGAUCAGCGUUUCCAGCUCGAAAAACGUUCAAUCGACAAAAAGUAUGCUGUUGUACCGAUUGAGUCCACAUCUAUUUGCGGUCUCGCAAGGUUCGUUAUUAUUGAUGGAGAGGUGCGCCAUGGUUUUGUUCGGGACGGUACGAGCUACGACGUAGGCGACUGGCAAGGAUGAGCUGCGUCAACAGGGCACGUGGAUUCAAAUACAUGAACGCCCCCCCUUCUCCCCCCAGAGACAUCAACGGCAGACGUUGGGAACGUAGAACU